AUGAACAAGGCACCAGAUCCUCUGUCCGGUGGUGGUGCGGUCCUUCUGGCUAUGGCGGCGGCGGCAGUUUGGGGGUGGGGGCGUGUACCGCCACCAGGCGGCCGCAGGUGGUGGGGAUCCGGUGUCAAGAACAAAGGGUUUGAAAGUAAAAUGAUUUUGGAGGGAGGGCAUUUUUGUCUUCAAAAUCAUGUCUUGCUCUCACGCACAACAAUCUCUCUCUCUCUCUCUCAAACAAAUGCUUAUGGCCGUGAACCAAACGGGUAUGGGUCCAAUAUUCAGACCAGAAACGGGUUACCCGUACACCCACACACGGACAUUGAAAAGAGACAACUGUUUGUUCUUAGGAGUUACCAAUUCUGCAGGAAGAAGAGCUUUACAGAGAGGAUUAAGGGGUCUGUAUUCCGGGUCAAAAGAGUCAUAUGGAUCAGGCUCCGAUCCGCCGUAAAGUUCCGGAAAAUGCUCUGGUUCAGGUUGAGAAACGGGGGGCUCUUCUGUGGUACUAGAAAGAAGAGGUUUAUUCGACUCUAUAACGCCACCAACACUGCUUCUAAAUCUUUCUUUUGGUAG